CAGAAGAAGCCAGAAGUUACAUACAACGACAAAAGCGAACGAGUAUGACCUACGAAGAACAAUAGAAAAACGAAAAAUCUGUUUCGUAGUUUGGAUUCUGAGGCUAGACCAUACAUUUUACAGUAUAAGGAUGGGUUUGAAAACCACUAACUUCACGUCUAACCGAACUGUGCAUGCGUCCAUCGAAGAUAUUACCGACCUUACACCCGAACUGGAAUGCUACCUCAGUGACACUUUAAUCCAGAAAACAGGAAAUGUGUCACUUUACUGCAAUGCAGUGUGGGAUGGAAUUUCUUGCUGGCCACCGACACCAGGUGGUCAAAUUGUUGAAAUAUCCUGUUUUGAAGAACUGAACGAAAUUGCUUAUGAUAGAUCUCAGAACGCUACCCGAUUGUGUCUUGAAAACGGCACGUGGGCUUCUCGAGCAGAUUAUUCUCGUUGUCAGCCCCUCUUAAUUGACGAGGAAUACAUACAGGGACUGGGCAUCGGUGUAGAUGCCACACAUAUAUAUUAUGCUGGGUAUGGAAUUUCCUUGAUCGCCUCUAUCAUAGCCUUUUGGAUAUUUCUCUAUUUUAAAGAACUUCGAUGUCUCCGAAAUAUAAUCCAUGCAAACCUUAUAGGAACUUUCAUAUUGUGUGACUUAACUUGGAUCUUGGCAGCAUCCAUAGAUACUACUCCAAAUACUUCAAGUCCGGGUGCAAAGGCUUCCUGCAUUCUCGUCGUAAUUUUGACGUAUUCAAUGGGCACCAAUUUUUUCUGGAUGUUUGUUGAAGGCCUUUACUUGUUCGUCUUAGUUGUGAGAACUUUCUCUACUGAAGGAGUCAAAUUUUACAUCUAUGCUCUUAUUGGUUGGGGAAUUCCAGCAAUGAUUGUUAUAAUCUGGUCUCCAGUUAAAGCUCAUUUCUCUUCUAAUGUCACCGAGGAGUUUCUCCCUCUUGAGUGUCCCUGGAAAAACAAAGAUAACUAUGACUUCAUCUUCAUUGUUCCUGUCAUAUCUGUUUUAGCAGGAAAUCUGUACUUCCUUGGAAGAAUAAUGUGGGUUUUAAUCACGAAGUUACGCGUCAGGUCCACUGUGGAACAUCAACAGUAUAGAAAGGCUGCUAAGGCUCUCCUUGUUCUUGUUCCACUUCUUGGAGUGACUUAUGUCUUGGUCAUAGUUACCCCAACACACAAGACAGCUCGGCUGGUUUUCACAUACAUUCAGGCUACGUUACUUUCAAUCCAGGGAUUUGCAGUGUCUCUUUUGUAUUGCUUCAUGAAUGCUGAGGUCCGGAAUACUCUCAACUACCACUUAGAACGUUGGAGAACUCUUCGUAAUGUCGGAGGAAGGAGAAGCCGCACUGUUAGCGCAAGGAGCAACUGUUUUGGAGAAAGUAUGAAAACGUUUACUACUGAUACAAGAGAAAGUUGUACUAACUUUUCCACCUGAAUGUUAUUUACAAGUGGGAAAUACGACCUCAUAGGAAGACUAAAGAACAUCAAAGAAUCGGCUCAGAUAACAGCCUAAGAUAAGGAGUUUAUUAAAAGUUCUGGAUUAAUUGAAGGAUUUACUGGUCAAGUUGAUUCUAAAGACGACAGUAUUUGUAAUUUCGUAUUGCUUGUGAUCUUCGAUAGACGAUAUUAUAUCAUACUCAGUGAAAUGCAGAAAGAGUAUACGUAUUUGAUAUAUUAAACCACUAAACUAAUACUCCAACAACUUCCACGUCCAUAUGAGAAAAGACAUACGCUAAAUCUAGUAUAUAGGAUUAUCAAUUAUAUGUACCUGUUACUUUAUUUGUUGUCUUAUAUAUUAUGUUGGUUAUCAACUUGUGACUUCGAGAUCAACUCCGGAAGAAUCACAUAGAAAAUAUGUGUGAUUAAGUUAUACAUUGACUAUUGCAUGUUUUCAUAAGAUCAUUGUCAACUAUAAUUUUCAAAGUCUAUUUUAGGUGCUUCCUACGAAAAUCUUGUGUAUGUGUGUAUAUAAUGUAUUUUCAAAAGAUGGCUUUCUACAUAUUUACUUGUACAAAAAAUCACAGACGGGCCACAAUAUUUCCAUUAUCAAACCUGUCAUCCAUCCCUCAUUAAACGAAACAUUACUUACAAUAGUUCCCUUCGCGUAAAAAAUAUCUGCACUGAAAUAAAUCGUUACAGAACACAUACACAUUGAAGCACUAAAUAAAUAUCCAUGAAAGAAAAAAGCUGUAAAGUUUCUUAAAAUAAAAAAUCACAUUUAAAAAGUUGAUGAAAUUUCACAUUCUGUUGCCCUCAACCAGUCUGACCCCAAGCAAUCUAAAAUAAUUCCUCUGGUUAACACAUAAUAUCCAAAAUGUGAUGCUGAACAAAAUUUUAAAAUUCAUUGCUAAUCCUUAAAAACAUUUUUAUGUUUUACAGCUCACUGAACAUCUAAAGUAAAUCUACCCUGAUAUUAUUGUUGUUUCCGAUAAAAAAAAGCAAAAACCUUAGAGAUAUCCUAUUUCACACAAACCUCACCCAUUGUACUGCACCACAUAAUGGCUGGUCUCCUUGUAAUAAAGUUCGAUGUAAAAUUGUAAGUUUAUAAAAAUCAUCAGUAUUUUAUCUAACUAACAUAAAAAACACUAAAUCAUAGCAAAAUCAGUCUCUUGCCAAACUCAAAACAAUAUAUCUUAUACAGUGCAAAAAAAUGCAACCAUUAAUAUCUUGGAUAAAACACACACUUCCUUUAUAGAACGGUUUAAUAACCAAAGAUCCACUGUCAAGACUAUAAAAGACCUUCAUGUUGCCCUAGACUUUAACCAGCCUGAACGCUCCAUCAAUGACAUGGUUCUAUUCGGUAUAGAAUCCGGGUUUAUAUCAAAAGCUGAAAGAGAAAUGAAAGAGGCCUAUUGAAUCAGUACUUCAAAAACUGUUAGAGAAAUGAGAGAGGCGUAUUGGAUCAGUACUUCAAAAACUGUCAGAGAAAUGAAAGAGGCGUAUUGGAUCAAUAUUUUAAACUCUGGCAGAGAAAUGAAAGAGGCCUAUUGAAUCAAUAUUUUAAACUCUGGCAGAGAAAUGAAAGAGGCCUAUUGGAUCAAUAGUUUAAACUCUGGCAGGGAAAUGAAAGAGGCCUAUUGGAUCAGUAUUUUAAAUUCUGGCAGGGAAAUGAAAGAGGCCUAAUGGAUCAGUAUUUUAGACAGUGUCACCCCAAAUAUGUGAAUCUUGACACCGGUGUUAAUUAUCUUCAUGUCAUAUAUAAACGUUUUUCUGAAAAUUAUUAAAAAAGUUUGUUUUGCAA